AUGUCUAAAAAUAAAAAUAGCAUAGGCAACAAUAAGGAAUACAGCAGUGCAUCUUCUUACACAUCUUCGUCGUUAUCGUCAGACGAAGAAGAGAUUGAUGCAAGAGAUUUAAAACCAAUUAGAGAAUAUUUGUCUGAUCGUAAAAUACUAGCUCGACAACUUUUUAAAUCUGUUAAGCCAGAAAAGAUUCGUCUCAUGCUACCACAAGUUCUUAAACAUAUGGAUUUAAGUGAACUUGAAGAAUGGUGUGAAAGUGAGUUAAAUGGUAUGUCUAAAGCUCGAAUAUUAUCUAUAUUAAAUGGCAAACCUAUGUUGGAGUCCUCAGACACAAAUGAAGAUUCUGAUGAUUCAGGCCCUUCCUUAGAAAUCAUUUCCGAUACAGAGGAAUGGUUAACCGAUGAUGAUUCGUCUAAAAAGGAGAAUGGUACGAAAGGAAAAUUAAAAAAAGAUAAAACAAAAAUUAAAGGAAAAGCGCCAGUUAAUAAGAAAAGUAAUGUAAAUAAACCUAAUGUUAAAAUAAAAUCUAACAUUAAAAGCGAAAGUAAUGAUAAAAUUGAAAAAGUUAAAAUUAAAAGGGAAGAUGAUAAGGAUAAAGGAAAAGAAGGAGACAGCUUGUUAGAUUUAUUAGAACUAGAAAUGCGAGCUCGCGCAAUAAGAGCUUUGAUACGAAAAGAGGAAGACAUAAUUCCUUCUAACUUAUCACAAACAAAUGAUACUCAAGCAAUAGAAAAUAACAUUAGCAUAGAUGACAAAGCGAAAGAGAAUUGUCGCAAGCAAUUAGAAAGAAUUAUUAGUUCUCAACAAAAUAUUAAAGGCGAAGAUGAAGAUGUUGUUUUAGUAAUUCCUAACCCUGCUCCAGUUGUUGAGUUAUUGUCUAGUGAUAGUGAUAGGGAAGAAACACAAGUGAAUAAAGAAUUGCAAAAUGCCGGAAAAUCUGUGAAUAAUUUAGGUGAAAAUUCUAUCAAAACCAAUUCACAAGAUUUGAAGGAAAGAAAAGAAAAUGAAGGAAUAAUAGAGAUACAUAGUACAAAUAUUUUAACUAAAACACAUCUAAUUAAUACAAGUGAAGUAAUAAUGCCCGAAAGAAAUGUAGAUAUAAAAAACAAUAUAUUAUCAAUAUCAAUUUCUGCAGAUAAUGUUGCUGAGAGACGGAAAAAGUCGAAGAAAAAGUCACGUGGAAAAUUACAACUUGCUUCUAUUAUUACAAACUCUUCAGAGUCAACACAAAUUAACGUUACUGAGAUUAAUGAGGAAUCAAGUGAUAAAAGUGUUAAAUCGAAAUUAAAUCCUUCUGAUGAAAAUGAAAUUAUCAUUGAAGAAGUAGAUGAGAUAAAACAGAAAAUAACAGAAGAAAGUAAAGUUGAAGAAGAGAGAUCAACAGAUAUAGAUGAUAUUGAUUUGGAUGAUUACUGUGAAGUCAUGGAAAUAGACAAUAGUGAUGAAGAUAAAAGUCAAGAUAAAAUUGUCUCUUCUCAGCAAGAAAAUGAGCAAUUUGUAUCCAAAACUAUUUUGUCAAAAUCGGAUUCAACAGAAACUUGGGCUUCACGUUAUUAUCAGACUGACGAUGUUCAAAAUGUAAUAAAAGAAUCGAAAAUACAGUCUGAGAUUCGGAAACGUUUGCGGGAACGUCAAAGAUUAUCUAAGCUGAAUAAAUCACCAAACUUAUCUGUACAGCCAUCGACUACGGAUGCAACUGUUACAUUUGAAACAGCUCCAACAGGAUCAGUGGAGGAAUAUUUAGCUUUGAAGCGUGCAAUGAGUACAAAUAAUAGUGACAGUGAUAAUACUACCAUGGAAAUACAAUGUACUAGUAACAUUAAUAACGAUAUCAUGCAAGAUAAUAAUCCUGUAGUUAUUAAUUCUAACAGUGAUAUUGAAACAAAAGAAAUUUUAGAGCAAGAUGAAAAUAAUUCUUCCCACGAAUGUACAGAUAAUGUACAAAAAGCUGCAAUUUCCGAAGCUGUUAUUGUCAAACCGGCAGAAAUAAUUGCUGAUACAAAUAACGAUGCACAAUCUAAUUGAAUCCAUUCAAGUUUCUUCAAUUAACAUAUAAAAUAA